AUGACUCUUCCUCCAGAGAAAGCAUCUGAACUCAAACAAAUAAUACACGACCACUUGAGAAAGAUGGAUAUCCAUGGAAAAAUUCGAGAUGUGCUUGCGGAGACGGUCAGAGGAGAAGCAGAUCCUGGUCGUCGUCCGCUCACUGAAGAAGAUUUCAUGGCUGCGUUGCAACGCAGGGGAAUUGUCGAUGACGUUAUGAAAGAUCUGCACUUUUCCAGUGUGGAUCUGUCGAAAACCGAAGAGGGGACUGCAAACAAGCCUGCAACCCAUUUUAUUGACAAGGAUAUAACUCAGAUCAAGAAAUCUAAUAUAAAUCCUGCAAGGAGAUACCUUUACCUGCAGGUACUUGGGGGAAAGGCCUUCCUGGAGCACCUGCAAGAGCCGGAGCCUUUACCUGGUCAGGUGUGCUCCACGUUCACCCUCUACCUACACUUCCGUAACCAGCGAUUUCGCUCCAAACCGGUUCCCUGUGCCUGUGAGCCUGACCUGCAAGAGGGCUUCCUCUUAGAGGUGCACAGAGAUGGCUCAGGAGACAGCAGUAAGAUGGCGGAUGCCACCACCAUGCUGUCCAUCUGUGAUCCUGUCCACAUGGUGCUGAUAAGGACAGACACGUCUGGAGACACCACUCUCGUCUCCUCUUACUUUCUCGACUGGCGAACUGUCCUCAGUGCACCCAACGGGAAGGCGGGUAUCGCUGUGGAACUGCUGGGAGUUGGCAGUGAAUGUAAAGUACCUGCUGGAGUUCUCAAUCUGCAGCUGGAGCUGUACCCCCCCCUCAGUGAAACUCUCACGCCCGAGAUCAUCACUACUCAGCAAUCCCUUGAGAGGCAGAAGACGGCCGAGAAGGAGCGUCUGUUUUUGGUCUAUGCCAAGCAGUGGUGGAGAGAGUUCUUAGAGAUAAGACCCUCUCACCAGAGCAAACUGGUCAAGAUCUUCGCUCAGGACGAGAACGGUAUAAACAGGCCUGUGUGUUCGUACGUGCGUGUGUUGAGGGCGGGGCGGCUGUUGGAGAGCCCCCGUCAGGCGGCGCGGUUCGUCAGUCUGCUGGCCCUGGAGAGAGCCCCCACGCUGGGGGGCGGAGCCAAACACGAGCAAUGGUGCACCAUGAUGGCCUUUCUCUGCAGGAACAAGGGCGACUGUGAGGACCAUGCUACGUUGCUAUGCAGUCUGCUGCUGGGGUUCGGGUUGGAUGCCUACGUUUGUGUGGGCACCAAGGCCAAAGGCAUACCCCAUGCCUGGGUCAUGACCUUGGGUACGGACGGCUCUGUCACCUUCUGGGAGAGUCUGACUGCACACAGAUACCUCCAUCAGCCCAUAAACCCUGAUGACCCUCCCCUGGUUCCUCAGCCCAAGCCCACCCACCCCUACAGGACCCUGGGCUGCGUCUUCAACCACAGGGCCUUCCUGGCUAACUGCCAGCCCUCGGACGCUGUGGAGCUCUGCGUUUUUGAUUUCGGGGACGGGUCGCGCUGGAAGCCCAUGAGUGAGGAGGCUCUGAACUCAGUCUGUGCCCCUGGCUCCAUCACCUCUCUGCCCCCCACCCCUCCGCUCUGUGCCCCCACUCUGGUCCCUGCUGAAGCCAGCAACCAGCUGGAGCUGGAACUGCGUUACCUGGUGACUGAACACAGGAAGGACCUUGGCUUGGCCACGGUUUGGGAUGACCACCUGUCGUACCUGUUGUCUGCGGCGUUGGCGGCGUAUGAGCUGGAGCGCUGUACCGGCAUGUCCUGCGGUAAUGAGGAGUUUCAGGAUGCGGUCAGGAGAGCCGUGCCUGACGGACACACGUUUAAAGGUUUUCCCAUUCAUUUCCUGCACCGCAACGCUCGCAGAGCCUUCGCUACCUGCCUCAGGUCAGCGUUCUGUGAGGAGAUUGUGUGUUGCCGUGGAGACCACGUUCGUCUUGCAGUUCGGGUCAGAGUGUUUACGUACCCAGAAUCAGCGUGCGCCGUAUGGAUCAUGUUCGCCUGCAAAUACCGCUCCAUUUUGUGA